AUGGGUAUUAAUUGCUGUCGAUUGCUGAACGAGAGCAAAGACGAGCACAGCACAUUCACCCGCUCCAAAAAUGGGCAUCUUAUCAAAGUAGAGAAGAUACGAUGUGCAGACGGAUCGGUGAUGAAGAAACUGUCCACAAUCUUCGAAGAAGAUGAGAAUCAGAUUUCCAAGAAGUCCUCGUUCAUGUCCAUACCCUCUACGAACAAGUUUGUAGGCAUAUAUCAGACGGAGAAAGUGGCGGCAGCGCCGGUGUGA